GUUUAGCGCUCUCCUAUUGGAUUAGCAUUCUCCCAAUGGGCGGAGCGCUCGGAACGCUUGAGGAGGGACAUUGUUUCCACGCCGGAAUCUUUGCACUGUGGCACCGUCUGUUCUCUGGCGGUUGAAGUAUUAGUGCAGCAUGGCAACCAUGGCGGCAACCAAGGUGCCAGAGGUGCGAGAUGUCACUCGAAUUGAAAGGAUCGGUGCACAUUCUCACAUCAGAGGGCUGGGCCUUGACGAUGCGUUGGAACCCCGUCAGGUAUCGCAGGGCAUGGUGGGACAGCUGGCAUCCAGGAGGGCAGCCGGAGUUAUUCUGGAAAUGAUCAAAGAAGGGAAGAUUGCUGGGAGAGCAGUGCUCAUUGCUGGACAACCAGGCACAGGAAAAACCGCCAUUGCUAUGGGAAUGGCUCAGGCUUUGGGCUCUGACACCCCUUUUACAGCCAUUGCUGGUAGUGAAAUCUUUUCACUGGAAAUGAGCAAAACCGAGGCUCUGACGCAAGCUUUCCGGAGGUCCAUUGGUGUGAGGAUCAAGGAAGAAACAGAAAUCAUUGAAGGUGAAGUUGUUGAAGUUCAGAUUGAUAGACCUGCCACUGGAACAGGUGCAAAAGUUGGAAAGCUGACUCUGAAGACAACAGAGAUGGAGACCAUUUAUGAUCUUGGAACAAAGAUGAUUGAGUCUUUGACAAAGGAAAAAGUACAGGCAGGGGAUGUAAUUACUAUUGAUAAAGCCACAGGCAAAAUAACAAAGCUGGGUCGUGCCUUCACAAGGGCCCGUGAUUAUGAUGCCAUGGGAUCUCAGACUAAAUUCGUUCAGUGCCCCGACGGGGAGCUCCAGAAGCGCAAGGAAGUAGUACAUACGGUGUCGCUGCAUGAAAUUGACGUGAUAAACAGUCGGACACAAGGAUUCCUUGCUCUCUUUUCAGGCGACACAGGAGAGAUUAAAUCAGAGGUGCGAGAACAGAUCAAUGCGAAAGUUGCAGAAUGGAGAGAGGAAGGGAAGGCUGAGAUUAUUCCUGGUGUGCUAUUCAUAGAUGAGGUGCACAUGCUGGAUAUAGAAUGCUUCUCCUUCUUGAAUCGAGCUUUGGAAAGUGACAUGGCCCCUGUUCUCAUAAUGGCCACAAACAGAGGAAUAACCAGGUGUGAGGAGGAAGAUGUCGAUAUGAGUGAAGAUGCUUGCACUGUUCUGACAAGGAUCGGCCUAGAGACAUCUCUCAGAUAUUCCAUGCAGCUUAUCACAGCUGCUAGCUUGGUCUGCAGGAAGAGGAAGGGAACCGAAGUGCAAGUGGAUGAUAUCAAACGAGUGUACUCUCUCUUUCUUGAUGAGUCUCGGUCAACACAGUACAUGAAGGAGUAUCAGGAUGCCUUUAUGUUUAAUGAAAUGAAAACGGACACCAUGGACACAUCCUGAUGAUGGACUGAUUUUGUCUUUUUUGUUGUUUUUUUUUCUCCACCUCACCUGGUUCUUACUGUUUUGUUACAUGCCUUAACUUGUAUGACACAUGCUGUGAUCCCUCAGUAUCUGUUUUAUAUAAAAUAUUCAAACUAAA